CGUUCAAUUGACUACUGUAACAAUGAGUGGCCGCGGUAAGGGGGGAAAAGGACUCGGUAAAGGAGGCGCUAAGCGUCACCGUAAAGUUCUCCGUGAUAACAUCCAGGGAAUCACCAAACCCGCCAUCCGCCGUCUGGCUCGCCGCGGCGGAGUGAAGCGGAUCUCCGGUCUGAUCUACGAGGAGACCCGCGGUGUGCUGAAGGUCUUCCUGGAGAACGUGAUCCGUGACGCCGUCACCUACACCGAGCACGCCAAGAGGAAGACGGUGACCGCCAUGGAUGUGGUCUACGCUCUGAAGAGGCAGGGCCGCACCCUUUACGGCUUCGGAGGAUAAACUACAAAACCCAAACUACAAACCAACGGCUCUUUUAAGAGCCACCCACUUCCUCUA